AGCAAUGAAUUUCAGCAAGCCAGGCAAUUUCCACGGUGCAUCUCGCAACAGCAACUCGGGCUCCGUUGACGAGCUGGUAAUUACAUCGACUUUCGGGACGUUGCUCUCAUUGGUUUAUGUCGUUGGAGUUUCGGGAAAUGUGUACACACUCGUGGUAAUGUGUCAUUCCAUUCGUUUUGCCACUUCUAUGUACAUCUCAAUAAUUAAUUUGGCACUUGCGGAUCUCCUUUACCUCUCCACAAUCCCGUUUGUGGUGUGCACGUACUUUCUCAAGGACUGGUACUUCGGGGAUGUGGGCUGUCGUAUACUUCUAAGUCUGGACCUCCUCACUAUGCACGCAAGUAUCUUUACAUUAACAGUCAUGUGCACAGAGCGAUAUUUGGCCGUAACGAAACCUCUGGAUACUGUCAAACGCUCCAAAAGCUAUCGGAAAGCCAUGGCGUGGGGAGUGUGGAUACUAUCUUUAAUUUUAACUCUGCCCAUGAUCAUCAUGGUUAAUCAGACCACCAAAAAAUCCUCAGACGGAGGGGUAAAAAGGAUGUGCGCACCAACUUGGGCACCACAAGCGUAUAAAAUUUAUCUGACUGUCCUAUUUUGCACAAGCAUAAUGGCGCCUGGACUCAUAAUAGGCUAUCUGUACACCAGAUUAGCAAGGACAUACCUAGAAUCUCAAAGGACCUCAGCCAUAAAUAAGGGAAACAAACGCUCUCCAAAGCAAAAAGUGCUUAUAAUGAUAUUUACAAUCGUACUAGUCUUCUGGGCCUGUUUUCUUCCUUUCUGGAUAUGGCAACUUUUACCCCUAUACCAUGAGCCCCUCAGGUUGGCCUCUCAUACACAUACGUGCAUCAACUACCUUGUAGCGUGUCUUACGUACAGCAACAGCUGCAUAAAUCCUUUUCUUUACACGCUUCUAACCAAGAACUAUCGGGAGUAUCUUAAAAAUCGCCAUAAGAGUUUUUAUCGCUACACAUCGUCUUUUAAAAAGCGCCCACCAAGUUUGUACUCAUGGGGGAAGUCUGCGUCAUCAAGCAACCAGUUUGAGUUCAACUCUGAGACGCUGGUGAUGGCACAAUUAAAGGUGCAGUGAAACGACGACUAGAAAAA